GGCGUCAGCCGGGCCAGCUCCUGGGCGCUGCAGAGGCCAGGCCAGCUGUUCCCUCCCUGGGGCGGGGCCUCGUGCCCUGUCAUCGGACCCCCAUCGCGGGGCGCUUAGGAUGGACCCGGGAGAGCAAGGGGCGAGUCCUGUGAGCAGGCCGCAGUUGGGGUGGGACAAGCAUGGGGAUGUGGUGGCCCUGCCCCAGAAGAGCAGCCCUGCUGGCAGAAAGCCCCGGGCACACCUGGACGCCGAGGGUCCCCUAGACCAGAGAGCCUGCCAGGUGCCUCUGAUGCCGGCAUGGAGCAGGUGCCUGUGGCCUCAGCCAAGGCCUGCAGCCAGGACUGCUGUGUCCCCGGCGUCCCAGGUAAGUCAGGACAGUGCAGGGGUGUAGCUGGACCCAGGCUGCAGGGGGACCACCCUGACCCGCAUCUCCCACCAGGGCCAAGGCCCCCCAAGGCAGAGUAGGCUGCAGCCGCCAGCCUGGGGACCUCUUUUAAGAUGACCCGCACGGACCCACCAGACCUGUUGGUGUCGACCGUGUACCAGGACAUCAAGGUGGCGGCCCCGGGGCCCGCAUCGCGGCGCCCACCAUGUGAGCGCUCCGUGGCCCCGCCGGCUGUGCCCGCGCCUUUCAACAAGCGCCACUGCCGCAGCUUCGACUUCCUGGAGGCGCUGGACGGGGUGGCCAUGGAAGCCCGCAUGGAGCCGCCGCCCCCGGAGCCCGCCGCGCAGCGCUCCCGGCCCCGCGACGCGGAUCCCCGGCGCCGCGCCCGCUCCAAGAGUGCGCCCCGCGCGCCCCCGGGCCUGGCGCCCGCUCCCGCCUCGCCGCCCGUGCUGCCGCGCCGAGGCCGGGAAGCCCAGCGGACUGCGCGGGCGGAGGCUUCGCCACACCGGGAGCCAGCGUACCCCGCGCUGCGCGCACUCGCCAACGAGCUGCACCCCAUCAAGCUGCAGCCGCAGCGGGGCGUCCCUGGCCGCAUCGCGCCCCUGUGCGCCGCCACCGGCCGCUGUGCGCCCCCGGAGCCGCCCGCCGGGCCCGCACCCCACGUCCGCUGCCGCCUGGACAUCAAGCCCGACGAUGCGGUGCUGCAGCACACUGCCCGGGGCUCGCGGUCCUGCGGGCCGACGGAGACCACGCCCUGGGCACGCGCCGCCCCGCAGUUCCACGGCCUCACGGUGCCCGGGCCGCGUCACAUGGCGCUGUCGCGCACCCCCACCCCCAGUGACACGUACUGCGCGGAUCCCCGGGCGCUGUACUGCGAUGGCCCGCUGCCUGGGCCCCGGGACUACACAGAGCGCCGUGGCCCGUCCUUCACCACGCCUCCAGGCCCCACCCAGUUCUUCUACACGGAGGAACCCGAGGGCCACCCCGGCAGCUUCCCCGCCAGCCCGGGGCCGCCCUUCGACAGCUACUACGGCAGGCCCUUCCCGCCGGAGGAGCCCCCCGUCCCCAGCCCCAGGCGCGGCAGCAGCUACUAUGCAGGGGAAGUGCGCACCUUCCCAGUCCAGGAGCCGCCCUCCCGGUCCUACUAUGGGGAGGCCACCCGAGCCUACGGCCCUCCCUGCGGCCCACGCUAUGCUCCCGAGGACCCGCGGGCCCACCCCGCUCUCCACCACUUCUACACAGAGGACUUCGGACGGUACCGCGACCGCGACGCCCUGGCUCGGACUUACCCACACCCGCGCAGCAGCCCCGCCUGGGUCGACUGGGGCCUGCGGCCUUACCGCACCCUGCAGGUGGUGCCUCCCCCGGACCCUGGCCCCCUGCUUGCCUCUUGGCACGGGGGCACCGGCACCAGCCCACCCCGGCUGGCCACUGACAGCCGCCACUACUCUCGCUCCUGGGACAACAUCCUGGUGCCUGGGCUGCGCCGGGAGGACCCCCUGGGCCGGGGCCGCAGCUACGAGAACCUGCUGGGGCGCGAGACACGGGAACCGCGGGGUGCAUCCCCUGAAGGCCGGCGUGCCCCGGUUGUUGUGAACCUGUCCACCUCGCCCAGACGCUAUGCAGCACUGUCACUGUCCGAGACCUCGCUGUCGGAGAAGAGCCGCGUGGGCGAGGGCCUGGGCCGCAACUGGUACGUCACACCUGAGAUCACCAUCACCGACAACGAUCUGCGCGCCGCGGAGCGCCCGACUGCCAGGGGCUGGGAAUUGCCAGGGGGGCGAACCCGGCCGACCCCACCCGCCGCCCCCGAAGCCCCCACCGGUGGCCGCCAGCGCAGCCUCGAGCAGCUGGACGAGCUCAUCACCGACCUGGUCAUCGACUCUCGGCCCCCCGCCGGCCAAGCCCCGGAGCCCGCGGCGGAUGGGCCGGGCCGCCAGCUGCGCCGCCUGCUGGACUCUCGGCCCGCGGGUCCCGGGGCCCCCGCGCUGGCUCCGCGAUCGCCCCCUGCGUCAGCCGGCAGCGCCGAGGAGCCCGCGGGCUCGGGACAGGCGGCCGACGCGUCCCCGGAGCCCAGUGCGGAUGAGGAUGACCUGAUGACGUGCUCCAACGCGCGCUGCCGGCGCACCGAGACCAUGUUCAACGCCUGCCUCUACUUCAAGUCCUGCCACAGCUGCUACACCUACUACUGCUCGCGCCUGUGCCGCCGCGAGGACUGGGACGCACACAAGGCGCGCUGCGUGUACGGCCGCGUGGGCAGCGUGUGUCGCCACGUACUGCAGUUCUGCCGGGACAGCGGCCCAGUGCACCGCGCCUUCUCGCGCAUCGCCCGUGUGGGCUUCUUGUCGCGCGGUCGCGGCGUGCUCUUUCUGGGCUUCCCGAGCCCGGGCUCUGCUGACAACUUCCUGCGCUUCGGCCUCGAGGGGCUGCUGCUGUCGCCCACCUACCUGUCGCUGCGCGAGCUGGCCACACACGCAGCGCCCCUGGGCAGCUAUGCGCGCGAGCUGGCGGCCGCCGGGCGCCUCUACGAGCCGGCCGAGUGCUUCCUGCUCAGCGUGUCGGUGGCCGUGGGCCCCGGCGCCGCGCCCCCCGGCUCCUCCGCCCGGCCCGCGCCCGCGCCGCGCAGCCCUGGGCCCACCGUACGCAAGUUCGCCAAGGUGGCGCUGGCGGCCGGCAGCCCCGCGCGUCCGCCCCCGGCUCGGGGUCGCGAGCCCGAUAUGGAGACGCUGAUCCUGACCCCGCCGCCCGGCACGGCGGGCCUGGACCAAGACGGCGAAGCCGGCCGGCGCGCGCGCGAGGUCGCCUUCAUCCACAUCCAGCGCGAGCUGCGGCUGCGCGGCGUCUUCCUGCGCCACGAGUUCCCGCGCGUCUACGAGCAGCUCUGCGAGUUCGUCGAGGCCAACCGGCGCUUCACGCCCACCACCAUCUACCCCACGGACCGGCGCACCGGCCGCCCCUUCAUGUGCAUGAUCAUGGCGGCCUCCGAGCCGCGCGCGCUCGACUGGGUGGCCAGCGCCAACCUGCUAGAUGACAUUAUGUGAGCCGUAGGGUCGCGCCCGGGCUCGGUCCAGCCCGCUCAGGGCCAGCCCACCCCGACCCCGCCUGGUCCACGUAAGGCCCACCCCCCAGGCCCACCCCCCCAGGCCCACCU